AUGAAAUUCAUCGCCCUCGCCCUCGCAACCCUCGCCGCCGGCGUCUCGGCCCAUACUUCCGAAACCUGCUCCAUCGUCACCGUCACCGAAACCGAAACCUCAGGCCACACGGUCCCCGUCCCCAGUACCCCCGCCACCAGUCUCCCUCCCUAUCCCAUCUCCUCCUCCCCUGCUACCUCCGCUCCUUACCCCUACGUCCCUGUUCCCAGCGGCACGGGUGUGCCUCCCCUGCAGGGAACGCCGGCUCCGUCGGGCACGGGCGCGUAUACGCCUGCGCCGCCGGAGUUUACGGGCGCGGCGGGGAGCGUCAAGGUGGGUGGGGUGUUGGCGGGCGUGGGUGCUGUUGCGGCGCUUUUCUUGUAG